AUGUUGUGCACAAGCUCGCGCACCCGCUCGCGCCUCGCGCUAACGCUCGCCACGGCUGCCCUCGCCGCCCUGCUCGCUGUGCGCCGCGAUCGCGGCUCCGCGGCUCCGUUCGAACGAUGCAACAUCGCGCGACGAGCGGCAACCGGGCCGCUGCCGCUGCACACCCAGCACCCAUACAUCGUGAGGCUGGGACAUCGAAACGCGGAGCUGAGGGCGCGGCUGAUUCGCGAGCGGCUCCUUGCCGACAUGGGCGAUGUCAACUGCACGCCGUCGCAGGCGGGCAGCCAGCGCAAGGGCAUCGAGACGAUGCGGCUGCGAGAGUACAUCGACGGCUGGAUGCAGCGCGAGGUCCGACGCGACUCGUCUCAGAACAAGUACGUCUUCGGCGAGUUUGGCGACGCCUGGGCGCCUCUGCGGGACGCGUACGUGCUCCCGCCCUGCGGUCCAGCCUGUGACCGGACGCGCGUCGCCGUCACCAUCGGCCUGGGCGCGCCCUGGCACUCUCACGGCGCGGCCUUUGUGGAGGUGCUGCACGGCAGCAAGCACUUUGCCUUUCUGCCGCCGGGCGACGGCGCGAUUGGCGACAUCGACGCGAUGAUCAAGGACCUGUCGCAGGUGCACUGGCAUUGGGAGGAGAGGCCUCGGCUCGAGAGGGAGGGGCGGCUGGCGGCGCUGCAGGAGUGCUCGCUACAACCCGGCGAGGUCCUUUUCUUCCCGCCCUUUUGGCACCACGGAGUCGUGAACCUGAUGCCGUACACUGCGUUUGUGAGCACCUUUCUCGACGAGGAGGCGACGCGGGCCGCCUCGGCGGAAGGAGGUGGGAGGCAUCGCGGGGCUCUGCAGAGCUCUUGA